UCAUUAGCGAACAACAUUCCGUAAUAUAUAUUUUUUUUUUUAGUUUCAAAAAGAAAAAAAAAACAUGAAUUUAUCAUUAAAAUCUAAAUAAAAAUUAUAAAUUAUCAAAAUCCGAGGAAGUGGUAUUCGCCUCAAAAAAACACACAAAACCAAGUGCAUUAAAAAAGUGAACUAUAGGUACCACACAAAUCAGUCAAAAAGAUAGGGCAACCGCAGUGUGUUACAUUUUUUAGGAAAAGAUCGGCUGCGGUGUCAAAUUAUAAUAAUGGGCAAACUCCUGUCAAAAAUAUUCGGCAAUAAGGAAAUGCGAAUAUUGAUGUUGGGUCUCGAUGCUGCUGGAAAAACUACUAUUUUAUAUAAACUUAAAUUAGGUCAAUCUGUUACAACAAUACCAACAGUAGGAUUCAAUGUGGAAACUGUCACGUAUAAGAAUGUGAAAUUCAAUGUUUGGGACGUUGGAGGGCAGGAUAAAAUACGUCCUCUUUGGAGACAUUACUAUACAGGAACGCAAGGACUAAUUUUUGUAGUUGAUUGUGCGGAUCGAGAUAGAAUUGACGAAGCGCGCACAGAAUUACAUCGAAUUAUAAACGACAGAGAAAUGAGAGACGCAAUUAUAUUGAUUUUUGCCAACAAGCAAGAUCUAUCCGAUGCCAUGAAACCACAUGAGAUUCAAGAGAAACUAGGACUCACAAGAAUACGUGAUCGAAACUGGUACGUGCAGCCGUCUUGUGCAACAUCUGGUGAUGGUCUGUACGAAGGUUUAACAUGGCUGACGUCGAACCAUAAGUUAUGAGAAUCAAUUAGAAAAAUUAAUGUUUUUACGAUUUAAAAAGAGAAAAAGUAUAUAUAUUUCUGAUCUAGUGUUUUCCCAUAAGAGCAACAAUUAUUAUCGUAUGUCAAACAUUUCAAACGCAUACACAAUUUUAAGAUUAUUAUAGCGUUAAACCUACAUGUAAAUUAAUUUAAUGUCACAUAUAUUCUCAUGGCAGAUUUUUGUUUUGCCUAUCGUAGAUCUAAAUUUUAUUUAACUUUCCAUAUUAAAUAAGACAAGAUCUAUAAAAAAAAAAAACAAAUAAUUAAUAUUGAUUUCUCGUUUGAUAGCUUUUAAAGAAAAAUAAAAAUGCAUCCACUGCAUUCACUCGCUUCAAUGCUCUUUGCUUUGGAAAACAAUAGCUUAGGAAAUAUGUAUAGUAAUUGUGUAUAUGAAUAAAUUGUAUAUAAUAUAAUAUUAAUUUUCGGUUCAGAGCUAAAAAGCUUAUUUUUAUUUGCCCUAUACGUAGUGAAAACCACUUUUAAAAGUAUUCGAUUGAAAGAUAUUCAAUAAAAAAAUCAAUAAACUA